UAAUGCAGCACAUGCAUCUAUUAUUACAUAAACAACCCUUCCCAAAUUUAUUACUACCAAUAAUAUUUUUACGCUAUCUACCACUCCCAUCACUAUUAUAACAUAAAAGAUUCCUUUCAAAUUGUCUUACAAAGAUUCAUUACAUCAAAAUCCCCCCACACAUUUUCUUCUAACACAAUAUUUCCAUGUAAUAAAAAAAAUAAAAAAUAAAAAGAGAGAAGAAAAUGGAAGAAGAAUCCUUAGAUCAAAUCACAGCCCCUCUAAUAUCAAAGGAGGAAGAUCGCAGCGGUGAAUCGAGCAGCAGCAGCAGCAGCUCAAAUGAAAUCAACGGCGAGAAUUCACCGAUCGAGCAGGUGGCCCUCACGGUAUCGACCGCAGACGAUCCCAGCCUCCCAGUGCUGACAUUCAGAAUGUGGUUCCUGGGCACGCUCUCGUGCGUCCUCCUCUCCUUCCUCAACCAGUUCUUCUGGUACCGUACGGAGCCGCUCUCCAUCACCGCCAUCUCCGCCCAGAUCGCCGUCGUCCCCCUCGGCCAGCUCAUGGCGGCGAGGAUCACCGACCGCUCGUUCUUCCGAGGGUCGCGAUUCGAGUUCACGCUCAACCCUGGGCCGUUCAACGUGAAGGAGCACGUGCUCAUCACCAUCUUCGCCAACUCCGGCGCCGGCACGGUGUACGCCAUUCACGUGGUGACAGCUGUCAAGAUCUUCUACAAGCAGCACAUCAGCUUCUUCGUUUCCCUCAUUGUCGUUAUUACCACACAGGUGUUGGGGUUUGGAUGGGCUGGUAUAUACAGAAGGUAUCUUGUGGAGCCAGCUGCUAUGUGGUGGCCUGCCAAUUUAGUACAAGUCUCACUCUUCAGGGCUCUCCACGAGAAAGACGAACGGGCGAAAGGCGGUGUGACGCGAACGCAGUUCUUCAUCAUCGCCUUCAUUACUAGCUUCGCAUACUACAUAUUCCCGGGCUAUCUUUUCGAAAUGUUGACCUCACUCUCAUGGAUAUGUUGGGUCUUUCCCAAAUCGGUUCUAGCCCAACAACUCGGUUCGGGCCUAAGCGGGCUUGGCAUAGGAGCCAUCGGGCUCGAUUGGUCAACCAUUUCGUCCUACCUAGGAAGCCCGUUAGCCAGCCCGUGGUUCGCAACCGCCAAUGUGGCGGUCGGAUUUUUCUUUGUUAUGUACGUUGUGACUCCACUUAGCUAUUGGUUCAACAUCUAUGACGCCAAAACUUUCCCUAUAUUUUCCGACGAUUUAUUCACUAGCUCGGGGCAAAUAUACGAUAUUUCUAGCAUCGUUGAUUCGAAUUUCCACCUUGACAACGCUGCCUAUGAGCGUGAAGGGCCUCUUCAUCUUAGCACGUUUUUUGCUAUGACAUAUGGGGUGGGAUUCGCCGCGUUGAGCGCCACGAUAAUGCAUGUGCUUCUCUUUCACGGAAGAGAAAUAUGGGAGCAGAGCAAAUCGAGUUUUAGUGAAAAGAAAAUGGACAUACACACGAAACUGAUGAGCAAGUAUAGACAAGUACCCGAGUGGUGGUUUUGGGCGAUUCUCGUGGUAAAUAUUGCACUAACUAUCUUUGCAUGCGAGUAUUACAAGGAGCAACUUCAAUUGCCGUGGUGGGGUGUCGUGUUAGCAUGCGUAAUCGCCAUUUUCUUUACCCUCCCGAUCGGAAUCAUUACCGCCAUUACUAACCAGGUAUUCAUGGCACAGGUGGUGGGAACUCUUAUAGCCGCUUUCGUAUACUUGGGAACCGCAUGGUGGCUAAUGGAAACAAUCCCCAACAUUUGCGACACAUCCUCCGAUACCGUGUGGACUUGCCCGGGCGACCACGUCUUCUACGAUGCGUCAGUGAUUUGGGGCUUGAUCGGCCCGCGAAAGAUUUUCGGGGACCAAGGAACUUACGGAAUGGUCAAUUGGUUCUUCCUCGGGGGGGCCGUGGCCCCCCUACUAGUAUGGUUGGCCACAAAGGCCUUCCCGAACCAGGAGUGGAUCCGACUAAUCAACAUGCCGGUCUUGAUCGGGGCUACCGGCUCGAUGCCGCCAGCAACCGCCGUGAAUUACACGACGUGGAUUAUAGUGGGGUUUUUGUCGGGGUUUGUUGUGUAUAGAUAUAGGCCCGAUUUGUGGGGGCGGUAUAACUACGUGUUGUCGGGGGCGUUGGAUGCGGGGCUUGCGUUCAUGGGGGUGGUUUUGUACAUGUGUUUGGGGGUGGAGAAUAUUGGUGUGGAUUGGUGGGGGAAUAAUCUUGAUGGCUGCACUUAUGCUUCUUGCCCUACGGCUAAAGGGGUGGUGUUUGAUGGAUGCCCCGUCGUGUCUUAGUUGCGCCGGCGGAAAUUCAUUCAAGAAUUAUUUGUGCUGGAUUUGUGGUUUUUCAAGAAACAAAAAAAUAUAUAAUUAUGAUACUGUGCAUAAUUCAUUAUUGUACAUGUAUUUUUAGCAGAUUUGAAUAUUUGAUCAUGGUUGCAAAAUUGUGUUUACAGAUUUCACUCUCGGGAAGGCAGCGGAAAAUUAGAAAUUUGAACACAUAUUCUGUUAUUGUAGUUUUUUUAUUUUUUUAA